GUCGAUUUCGACAGCCGGUCCAGGUCGCCGCCAAACACUGGUGUGAAUGCCAUACCGCUCGGACGCCGACAGGAUUCUGAGGAAGAGACGGAGGCGAGGGUAUGGAUCCUCCACAGCGACGCAGCCAAAGUUAUCGGACGGGGUGGCCGCGCGCUACGGGAGAUCGAAAACAGGACUCGCACCCGGAUAAAGGUGUCGAAAGAGGAGGACAUGAACGAAGCCAAGGAGCGAUCCGUUGACAUCCUCGGCGGGCGCCGUGGCCAAGACCUGGCUGUAGACCAGAUCCUGGAUGUGGUGCUUUACUGCCGCCAAGACGGCGGCCGCGUUCUGAAGGAUGCCAGAAGUCUUGGAGCCCCUCGGGAAAACGAGGGCUCCAAGGGCAGCCACCGCGUCCUCACGGUGCUUCCAGAAGAAGUCGGGAAAGUUCUUGGCAGGAAGGGGGAAACUGUCCGAGUCAUCGAGAAGGACUCGGGGGCCAAAGUGGAGCUGGACAAGGCUCAGGGGAAGGUGGAAAUCUUCGGAAGCACCCAGGAGCAGGAGAAAGCCGUGGAGCUGUUGUUGGCCGAAGUCCACUGGGCGAAAGCCGAGGAUGGCACUGUCCUUAAGGACGAGCCCAGGCCAAGGCAACGGGCUGAGGGCGAGGAGCUCCCCCCGCCACUUCAGCUCUGGGUGAAGGAUCGCGAAGCUGGAAGAGUGAUCGGUCGUGGCGGUGAAACCGUUCGCGAGGUGAUGGAGAAAUCCGGUGCAGACAUCAAGGUCCAAAAGUCGGAUGAGAUGCUGGCCGCCGGAAGCAAAGAGCGCGAAAUCAAGAUCAUCGGCAGCAAGGAUCAGCAGGACGAGGCGUUGCAGCUGAUUUUGCACGAAGUCUCCUGGGCUAAAGGAGUCCAAGGCCUCCUCAAAGGUGUCGAGGAUGCCCAAGCCGCCGAAGCCAAGGCAAAGGCGGCAACAAGCGAUGACACCAAGGCCGAGAAUGCUGGGAAGGACGAGAAGCAUGCGGAGCCGAAGGAAGACAAGGCUCCCGCUGCCAAGGUCAAGCCCCGGCGAUUUCGGGAGACGGCCCGGGAGCUGAACAGGCCCAAAAGCGGCCCCGCGAGAUGGGUCUGUGCCACGUGCGGUGGCGAUCACCGCACCAAGGAGUGCCCUCACGCCACAGGAAUCUUGGGCGUGGGUGUGCAGUUAGGGAUGCAGAUGGGCUUGCAGGCCAUGGGCCUACCCACCACACCGUCAGCGCCACCAGCACCGUUCGGGCCACCUGGGAUGCCAAUGCCACCCGGAAUGCCUGGGGUACCAGGAAUGCCCGGCAUGCCUGGAAUGCCUGGCAUGCCGCCCAUGGGUCCCGGCAUGAUGCCGAUGGGAGGCCCACCCGGGAUGCCGAUGCCUGGCAUGCCGCUCCUGCCACCGGGCAUGCGGCCCCCUGGCUUCCGCGAGUCUCGAAGCGAAAGCUCCUCGUCCAGCUCCGGCAGUCCAGGCAGUGAGGAGGAUGUGCCAGAAAGAUCUCCAGCAAAAGCUUUGAUGGAGAAGCCCCGCCGACGCGUCAAGAAGCGGAGAGUGCCGGUCCCUGCUGCUGCGGAGAACGGUGCACCACCCCCUCGACGGCGCAAAAGAAGGCGGCUUGAAGGUGAGCUGGAUUUGAAGCCAGCUGAGCAGGAAGGCCUUCCCGCCACUGCUAUUGCGGUGCCCAGUUUGGUUGGCAACAUUGCAUGGUACACACAGGACGCUGGUAUUGAAGCUUUCCCUUGUGUGUUUCCUGGCCAGCUCCUCGACGACUUCGAGCAGAGGGCAGAGGCAGGAUCCUGCAAGGCCAGCGAUGCGAAGGAGAAACAAAAGCACCGGCGCACCUCCAUGUCCUCCUGGAGCACCGUGGUUGCCAUGAGUCUCACAGAGCUACUGCUGGCGACCUUGGACCCGUCCAAGAAUGCGCAAGCAGAAGCACAGAUUCGACAGGCUGAACAGGCCAGUGUCGAUCAGUACUUCACAGCCCUUGCGCAGGAGCUGGCCAACACUGAGAAACCAGUAGUUGCUCGGCAACUGGCAGGACUUCUACUGAAGAACGCCUUGGCUUCGAAGGAUCCUGCGAAAGACCGCGACCUGAAAACCAGAUGGGCGAACCUGCCAGUUGCGAGCCGGAAUUUGGUCAAGGAGGCCACAACCUCGGCGCUGAUCAGCCCCCAGACCGAUGUCGGCAAGGCAGCCGCGCAGGUAUUGGCCAAAAUCGGUGCCAUCGAAAUACCUCCUGCGCAAUGGCCUGGCUUGGUACCUUUGCUGCUGGGUCAUGUAACCAACACCGAUGUUAGAGCCAGACAGAUCUCCCUGGUCUGCCUGGGCUAUCUGUGCGAAGACCUGGUGCUCGUGCAGGAGGACAUGCUUCAGGAGGGGACCAAUAUCAGCGACGAUAUUGCCAACAACAUCCUGACAGCUGUGGUCCAGGGGAUGCGAGACGCAGAGCCACAGACGAAGUUAGAGGCGACGAGGGCGUUUUACCAUGCGGUCGUACUGGCCAAGAAGAAUUUUAAGAACCAAGUCGAGCGCGACGUCAUCAUGGGCGUCGUCAAUGAUACCUGCCGCUUCGCUGCAGCGCCGGAAGUUCAGAUUGCGGCAUUCGAGUGCCUUGUGCAGAUCGCAACAGAGUACUACGAGUUCUUGAUGCCGUACAUGAACGGCCUUGGGCCGCUAACAUGGGAAACCAUCAAGGCAUCUCCGGAAAAGGUCGCAAUUCCUGCCAUGGAAUUCUGGUCCACGAUUUGCGACGAGGAGCUCUACUUGAUGGAUCUGGUGGAAGCUGGCCAAGCAGCUGGGAGGGCCUCCCUGAACCUGAUUCAGCAGGCCUUACCUUUCCUGGUGCCGCUCCUCACCGAGACACUCACCAAGCGUCAGAGCGAGGAUGACGAUGACACCUGGAACCUUGCCAUGGCCGCAGGCACCUGCCUUGCGCUCGUGGCACAGGUUGUCAGGGACGCAUGCGUUGACCUGGUGCUUACGUUUGUUCAAGCCAACUUCCAAAAUCCGGACUGGAAGUUCAGAGAAGCUGCAGUCUUGGCAUACGGCUCCAUCAUGGAGGGACCGACAAGUGAAAAGAUGAGACCGAUGGUAGAGCAGAGCCUGAGCCACCUUGUCCAGGCGUUGCAGGAUCAGAGUGUCGCAGUUCGCGACACCAUUGCAUGGACCUUGGGCCGCAUUGCCCAGUUCCACCCCGCCAUCGUUCCUGUCAAGCAGCUUAUGCCGCUUCUCUGCGAAAGGCUACGAGAUGUCCCUCGGGUCUCUGCCAACAUCUGCUGGAACGUACAGGUUCUGGCGGAGGCUCAGACUGGCGGCAUCGCUGGGCAGUACGCUGAAACGACGCCUCUGUCGGAGUUCUUCACUGCGAUUGCCACUGCGCUCUUGGAGGUGGUGGCGAGACCAGAUGCUGAUGAGCGACAGCUGCGCAUGGCAGGGUACAACGCUCUUAGCGUCCUGGUCAGCAAGGCAGGCAAUGAUUGCCUGGCGCACAUGCAGGCAUUGACGCAGGAGAUGCUGAAGCACUUGCAGGCUUCUUACAAGUCCAUCGACCGCGAGUGCGAGUUGCAAGGCUACAUUUGCGGAGUCCUUACCUCGCUGGUGUCACGGCUGAGGGAACAGGUGGCUCCGGCAGCAAAUCAGAUCAUGGAGGAGGCUUUGAAGGUGAUUUCCGCCUACCAGCAGGUUCGGGGUGGUGCGCAGGUCCUACACGAGGAGGCCCUGCUCCUCAUCGUGGCCUUGGCCAACGCGGCCGGCUCGAGCUUCGAACGGUUUAUGCCUCACUUCGCCCCACACCUCCAGGUUGGCCUGCAGAAUUACGAGGAGGUGCAGGUCUGUCUGACAACCACCCGCAUGGUGGGAGACCUUUGCACAGCGUUGGAGGGCAAGAUCGUCAGCUAUUGUGACACCAUCCUGCAGAUCCUCUACACCAAUCUCAAGAAUCCAGCUGUGGAUCGAAAGAUCAAGGCAGCUGUGAUGACGAGCUUUGGUGACAUCGCCAUGGCCAUAACCGGAGACUUUGAACAGUACCUUGGGCCAGUCGUUCAAAUGCUCCGGGAGGCUUCCUCCACCAGGUUGGCAGACGGUCCGGCAGACAGCGAGGAGUGGAUCGAGUACCUGAACAGCCUUCGAGAAGGGGUUCUGGAAGCGUACUCGGGGAUCAUCCACGGUCUCAAGGAGUCCAACAAGCUGCACCUCUUCAAGGAGCAUGUGAACACCGUGCUCAUGCUCGUGAAGGAGAUCAGCGAGGAUCCAACUACGCAGCCGCCCGUUGUCAAGGCGGCAGUUGGGGUGGUCGGCGAUUUGGUUCUCGUCUUCCAGACCGAGCUGACGGCACACGUGGGCAAAGCCCCGUUCCUUGGCCAGCUGGUUCAGAUGGCAGUGAGGAGUCAAGAUCCAAAGCUACUGCAGAGUUCUCAGUGGCUACAAGGCAUGCUGAUGAAGUUUGGUGGCAUGUGA